AUGGGCUCCUGCCUAUCCUCCGAGGCCCCCGCCGCCGGCGACGAGCCGGCAGCGUGGCGGAAGAGGCGCCGCGGGAGCCGGGAGGGCGCGGCCGGCGCCGGCGCCGGCGGUGGCAAGAAGCUGCCCGGAGGAGGGGGAGAGAUGACGGAGGACGAGCUCGCGCGGGUCUCCGGGAGGAUGUGCGGCAACGGCGCCAGCGCGGUGGCGUGCCUCCACACGCAGCAGGGGCGGAAGGGCACCAACCAGGACGCCAUGGUCGUGUGGGAGAGUUUUAAUUCAAGUGACAGCAUCUUCUGUGGUGUGUUUGAUGGCCAUGGGCCAUACGGUCAUUUUGUUGCCAAGAAAGUUAGAGAUUCACUUCCUGUCAAGUUGCGCACACAAUGGCAAACUAGUGCUAAUGGGGGCUCUAGUCCUCAUCAAAAUGGAAGCAUCUCUGAAAGUAUCAACUCCGAAGAAACAGGUUCUAUUGUUGAUGAUGAAUGGGGUGAUGGUGAUGACACUGAAAAGCUUCCUGAGACGUUUCUUCCACUUAAGAAAUCUUACCUAAAAGCUUUCAAAUUGAUGGACAAGGAACUCAAGCUGCAUCCCACAGUUGACUGUUUCUGCAGUGGAUCUACAGCAGUAACAUUGGUGAAACAGGGAUUGGACCUUGUAAUUGGAAAUCUUGGGGACUCAAGAGCAAUUAUGGGGACAAGAGACGCCUCUAACAAUCUAACCGCUCUGCAACUCACAGUUGAUUUGAAGCCUAACCUUCCCAGGGAAGCUGCGAGGAUACAACAAUGUAAAGGACGAGUUUUUGCUCUUCAGGAUGAGCCAGAAGUUGCCAGAGUAUGGUUGCCAAAUAACAACUCUCCUGGAUUGGCAAUGGCAAGAGCUUUCGGAGACUUCUGCCUUAAAGAUUAUGGUUUAAUAUCUGUUCCAGAGAUAUCGUAUCGCCGUCUUACCGAAAAGGAUGAAUUUAUAAUACUAGCCACCGAUGGGGUAUGGGACGUUCUCUCAAAUAAGGAGGCUGUUGACAUUGUAGCAUCAGCCCCAUCUCGGGCAACGGCAGCCAGGGCUCUUGUUGACUGUGCUGUCAGAUCGUGGAGGUUGAAGUUCCCAACAUCCAAGAGUGAUGACUGUGCUGUUGUCUGCUUAUUCUUGGAUCAUGAGAAGUCAGCUGACUCGGUUCAAGAGAGUGAACCCAGUGUGGAGACAGCAGAACCCACCGGGGGAGGAGGUUUCCACACAGGAUGCCAGUGCAGAGAGCACAGUGCGGAGGCCACAUUGCAACACUCCACCACAUUAAGGGAGGUCGAUGAGAUUGUACCGGUCGACGAACCGCCCAUCUUGAAGGAGUCUGAAAGGUGCGGGUCUGCUCGCAGCCUGGCAGAUUGCAUAUCGACAAACGAGGAAGAGGAAUGGUCCGCGCUCGAAGGCGUGACGCGGGUGAAUUCCCUCCUGAACCUCCCCAGAAUACUGUCUGGCGACAAGAGAUCGACCAGCUGGAGGAAGCGGCGGUGA